CGGGUGGGGGGGCGCCCAGCCAUGACCCUGGUGCUGCCCAUGAACAGGUUCUGCGAGCCCAUUGUCUCGGACGGAGCCGCCUUCCCCCAGCCCCUGUGGGAGCCGCACUGUUGCAGCAAGGCCAGCGCCGCGGAGCCCGGCCCGGCCCCGCAGCCCGCGGGCGGGGCGCCCUGCCAGCCCCUGCCAGGCUCACAUUACAGGGGAAUUUCAAAUCCUAUAACAACAUCCAAGAUCACAUACUUUAAAAGGAAAUAUGUGGAAGAAGAGGAUAUUCAUCCACCACUCAGCAGCUGUGCACAUAAAACAAUCUCAGUUUUUGAGGAGCGGGCCCAUAUUCUCUACAUGUCUUUGGAAAAAUUAAAAUUUAUUGAUGAUCCUGAAGUCUACUUGCGGAGAUCUGUCCUUAUAAACAAUUUAAUGAAGAGAAUCCAUGGAGAAAUUAUCAUGCAAAACAACUGGUGCUUCUCUGCUUGCUCUUUUGGCAACACCUCAGCACAAGAAUGGUUCAUGUCACAAGACUGUCCCUAUAGAAAACGUCUCCGGAUGGCAAAAGAGGAAUGUGAAAAGUUCCAUACAUGCUGCUUUUAUCAAGAGUGUGGCAGUCACUAUUUAAAUUUGCCAUUCUCUGUUAAUACUAAUGGGGAAAAUUCUUCCUCCUCCUCUUCCUCCUCCUCCCCUAUCUCUUUGCCAAGUUGUUCCCAACAGGUGGAUUAUGGCAUUGGCAAUGCCCCUGUUUACAGGAGUGAUGACCAUAUACUUGCCAAUGAAAUAUUCAUUACUAAUGCCAGGUCUCAUGGUAAUCAGGAAAAGGCAAAAUUAAAUGAUGAGAAAGGAGGUAAUGAAACUGAACGAGAUGGUGUCACUCUAAACUGUGAACCGAUGAAAGGCGACCUUGCUCUUGAAUGUAAAGGCAAAUUUUAUGAUUAUUUUGAGACUGGAUCUAAUGACAAGAGCAACAUAAGUGAAUCUUGGAAAAAAUCCUUGAGGAAAAAGGAAUCUUUACCAAGUAACAAAAUGUGCUGCAGCAAAGGAAGUAAAAUAUGAGACACCCUUUUUUGCUGUAACUUUGACGCAUGCACAGCAUGUUCAGUUAUCUAUCAAAAUUGUAUUUUGAAUGGAUUUUUUAUAGUUUUGUACAACUGAUACAAUCAUGCCACAAACGUUAUGUGUAUAGUUUUAAAUGACUGGAGAGCAGAUUGCCUAAAGCAUCUGUAUGAUCAACAUCAGUGAGCUAUUUAUAAAUAUGGAGACUUCAUAAAGAGCACAGUUGAAUUAUUGCUUACAAUUAUAGUUUAGCUUUUGUUACUGAAAAUACCAACAAACCAGCUGGGGAAAACAUACCCUUUUAUAUAUCCCCUCCCUCAAAAAGUCUACCAUUAAUUAAAAGGAACCCCCAUUAUGCUUACCAAUUAAUUAGAUGUUUGGUAAACAAAUUGAUAUUACCAACAAGGGUGGUCUGCUUCUUGUAAGACAAUAUUCAUUGUGAGGAAACACUGGUUAUGGUGGUUGGGGAAUUAACUCUACAUACUCAUACUGACACAGUUAAAUUCCUGUAUUCAUUCUUAUUCAACUGACAAAAGCCAGGAUGUAACAUAAUGAAAUACCUGUUCAUUGGAUCUUAAUCAGAAACACCACAUACAGCACAAUCACCUGCAUGUUUUCAGCUCAGAGGCAAUCAGUAAUGAGGUGUAUGGUGGUUUGUUGUUAUACAGGGCAGAUAUUUUUUGUGCCUUAUUUUUUUACCUUAAUUUUUGCCAGUGUGAAAAUUAAGUAUAAAAUCAGAGCUACAGCAGGGACUUAACCUAAACAGAAAAGAAAACCAGGGUGGAUCAAUUUUAUUAAAAAUCUGUAGCCUUUGAAAUAUCAAGUUGAACUUCCUAUUGAAACAUCUAUAUUCUUUCUUUUUGAUGCUCGAUUGCUUUUUGAUUUGCCAUCCUUAGGAAGGGAUUUAAGAAACAAUAGAGAGAUGUCUCUUGUAAACAAGCAUUAGAUGCUUGAGCAUUUCUAUGGCAACUGUCUGUUGCAGGGGCUCUUUUUGUAUAAUGAAGUUCAUGAACCAGUGGCAUGUUUUAUACUUUAUUCUGUUUCGCAUAAUUUCUCUCUUUUAGAUUGCAAAAGCAUGCAGGGGUUUUAUAUGACUUUUGCUGUUGAUUUUUAAAAGACAAGCAGAACAAAGAGCACAAUGUUAAUAAAUGACGUGGCGAUAACAUUUUAUCUGAAAUGAAUGUAUGGGUUUUACUUAAAAAAAAAAAAAAAGAUUAUUUUGGAGAAAUGGGUGGAGGUUUCAAAAGUUAGGGACAAAAUGCAGUCAUUUUUGGUUAUACCAUUUUAAAAUGCACAUUUUUGCAACCAUGCUUAAUAUGGUGUUCAGGGGUGUGCUAAGAAUAUUGUGUGUUCUGGAUCCACCACAUUUUGGGGUUCCCACAGCCUUCCCUUCCCCCCUCCCCAAACUGGCAGGAAGUGCUGUGUGUAACAGUGAAAUCCAAGUCACACAUGAUGCCUAAUUACUUUCUGUUUGUGCUUGGGGACAUUGAAAAUCCAAACUGUAUCUCUUUCACAUUGGUCUUGCCCUAGAAACAAUCAGCUGUAAUCAUGCUUCCCACUUUUUACAUGGAUGCAAUUCAUCCAUGUGCUUGGGACCAGAUCAGUUGCAGCAAGGCAGACAAGGGACUUGAGAGUGGUCCACUAGAAUGAAUUCCAGCCUACCUGCACAUUUCAGCUCUCACUGAAACCAGCAGGAAAGCACCUGUGGAUUUUAGUGGCAUUGAGUCAGGCUCUAAUUCAUCACUGUACUGGGCCUUUAGUAGACUGUCCACCCUGGAUUCCAAGGACACUGUCUUAAUUCUCCCCUGACAUUAUUACUUUUAAUGGCAAGUAACAGCAGUGCUCCAGAGUCAAGGCUUUAGGGCAUCUUUCUCUGAUAAGUACAGCAGUCACCCUUAAAAGCUUGCCAGUUAAAGCAACCUCACCCUUUGCAAUAUUCCCUAUAGGAUGCAUGGGAAGUGAUGGGGGAAAAAGUCUCAGAUAGCUUUUAUUUAGUCUGUAACAUGAAACUGGCAACUUUGUAAGGGUUAUAAUUGGAAUAGGAAUUUGGCAACAAAGAAUGGAGCCCACCUGAUUUCUCCAAGAGGGAAGCUUUUUUAUUAUUAAUAAUAAUAUUAAGUAUAGAUCUCAUUCAUACAGUGUAUGAGUAGGAUCAUAAUUUAUGCAUUUGUCCACAAGGACCAAUUUUUUAAAAGCUGAUUUUCUUGUGUUAUACCCAGAUAGUCUAGUAACGUCUGCUCUUUUAUUUUCAGUCUUUGAUAAACAUUUGAUGUUUUCAGCUUAAAUAUUAGAUGCUUGUAUACUAAUGUUUUGUUGUAGUAAAGUGAGG